ACAACCACAUCCACUACUACAACUGAAACACCAACUACAACCACUACCACUGAAACACCAACCACAACUACACCCACCACUACAACUGAAACACCAACAACAACCACAUCCACUACUACAACAACAACUAAAACACCAAUCACAACCAUGACCACAACUGAAACACCAACAACUACAACCACUACAAUUGAAACACCAACCACAACUACACCUACAACGACACCCACUACUACAACUGAAACACUGACCACAACUCCAACAGCUGGAUCCACUACACCUUGUACUCGAAG